UGCGAGUCUCGGAGCCGCGGUGAGCCGGCAGAGCCCAGGCGCCCGAAGCCUCACCGCGGCGGCGCUCGCGCGGGGAGAGCCACUCCGGACUCGCUUUGUGGCCGCUGUCCCCCUGUCGCGGCGAGCGCCUCCGGCAGGAGCGCAGAGGGAGGGGGCGAGCUCCCGAGACCCCCGCCGCCCUCCCCCAGCCCGGGGGAAGAAUGUGUCACCAGCUGUUCUCCGCUCGCGAGCGCUGCGCCCAGAAGUAAGGAACUUGGAGGCAGGGAGACAAAGGCUGCAGUUGGGACGGAUGAGUUAGAGACUUGGGUUUGGGCAAACAAAAGGUGCGAAAGACGAGAAGGGGGUAAGGCCAUGGCAGCGGGGGAGCCCCGCGGGCUCGGGUUCCUGGGAGUCGCGCCGUGACACGCAUGGUUUCCCCGGACCGUCUGCUGGGCUGACUUCCGCGAGCGGGACGCGGGACUCGGGCAAGUCGGGGAGCGCCCUGGAACAAUGGACAACUUCUUCCCCGAGGGGACACGGGUCUGGCUGAGAGAAAAUGGCCAGCAUUUUCCAAGUACUGUCAAUUCCUGUGCAGAGGGCGUCGUGGUCUUCCGGACAGACUAUGGUCAGGUGUUCACGUACAAGCAGAGCACCAUUACACACCAGAAGGUGACCGCUAUGCACCCCAUGAAUGAGGAGGGCGUGGAUGACAUGGCCACUUUGACGGAGCUCCACGGGGGAUCCAUCAUGCAUAACUUAUACCAGCGAUAUAAGAGAAAUCAAAUAUAUACCUACAUCGGCUCCAUCAUUGCCUCGGUGAACCCCUACAAGACCAUCGCCGGGCUGUAUGAGCGGGCCACCAUGGAGCGCUACAGCAGGUGCCACCUGGGGGAGCUCCCCCCUCACGUCUUUGCCGUCGCCAACGAGUGCUAUCGAUGCCUGUGGAAACGCCACGACAACCAGUGUGUCCUCAUCAGCGGUGAAAGUGGGGCAGGUAAAACCGAAAGCACCAAACUGAUCCUCAAGUUCUUAUCAGUCAUCAGCCAACAGUCUUUGGAAUUGUCCUUAAAGGAGAAGACGUCCUGUGUCGAACAAGCUAUUCUCGAAAGCAGCCCCAUCAUGGAAGCUUUCGGCAAUGCCAAGACCGUGUACAACAACAACUCCAGUCGCUUUGGGAAGUUCGUUCAGCUGCACAUCUGCCAGAAGGGAAAUAUUCAGGGCGGGAGAAUUGUAGAUUAUUUAUUAGAAAAAAACCGAGUAGUAAGGCAAAACCCCGGGGAAAGGAAUUAUCACAUAUUCUAUGCGCUGCUGGCAGGGCUGGAACAUGAACAGAGAGAAGAAUUUUAUUUAUCUGCGCCGGAAAACUACCACUACUUGAGUCAAUCUGGAUGUAUAGAAGACAGGACAAUCAAUGACCAGGAAUCCUUUAGGGAAGUGAUUACGGCAAUGGAAGUGAUGCAGUUCAGCAAAGAAGAAGUUCGGGAGGUGUUGAGGUUGCUGGCUGGUGUGUUACAUCUGGGGAACAUAGAAUUUAUCACCGCGGGGGGGGCCCAAGUGUCCUUCAAAACAGCCUUGGGCAGGUCCGCGGAGCUGCUGGGGCUGGAUUCCGCGCAGCUCACGGACGCCCUGACGCAGCGAUCCAUGUUCCUGAGGGGGGAGGAGAUCCUGACGCCUCUCACCGUCCAACAGGCGGAAGACAGCCGGGACUCCUUGGCCAUGGCACUUUAUGCACGCUGCUUUGAGUGGGUGAUUAAGAAAAUUAACAGCCGGAUCAAAGGCAAAGAUGACUUUAAAUCCAUUGGCAUUCUUGACAUCUUUGGAUUCGAAAACUUUGAGGUUAAUCACUUCGAGCAGUUCAAUAUAAACUAUGCAAACGAGAAACUUCAGGAAUAUUUCAACAAGCAUAUUUUUUCUCUGGAACAACUAGAGUAUAGCAGGGAGGGAUUGGUGUGGGAAGACAUUGACUGGAUAGACAAUGGUGAAUGCUUGGACCUAAUUGAGAAGAAACUUGGUCUUCUAGCCCUUAUCAAUGAAGAAAGCCAUUUUCCUCAAGCCACAGACAGCACCUUAUUGGAGAAGUUACACAAUCAACAUGCUAAUAACCACUUCUACGUGAAGCCCAGAGUUGCGGUCAACCACUUCGGAGUGAAACACUAUGCUGGAGAGGUUCAGUAUGAUGUUCGGGGCAUCUUGGAGAAGAACAGAGACACUUUUAGAGAUGAUCUUCUCAACUUGCUAAGAGAAAGCCGAUUCGACUUCAUCUAUGACCUAUUCGAACAUGUCUCAAGCCGCAAUAACCAGGAUACCUUGAAAUGUGGAAGCAAACACCGACGGCCCACAGUCAGCUCACAGUUCAAGGACUCUCUGCAUUCCUUAAUGGCGACGCUAAGCUCCUCUAAUCCUUUCUUUGUUCGCUGUAUCAAGCCAAACACACAGAAGAUGCCAGAGCAGUUCGACCAGGCAGUCGUGCUGAAUCAGCUGCGGUAUUCCGGGAUGCUGGAGACGGUGAGGAUCCGGAAGGCAGGCUACGCGGUCCGGAGACCCUUCCAGGAUUUCUACAAAAGGUAUAAGGUGCUGAUGCGGAACGCAGCUGUGCCCGAGGACAUCAGGGGCAAGUGCACGGCCCUGCUGCAGCUCUACGACGCCUCCCACAGCGAGUGGCAGCUGGGCAAGACCAAGGUCUUCCUUCGAGAGUCCCUGGAGCAGAAACUGGAGAAGCAGCGGGAGGAGGAAGUUACGAGGGCGGCCAUGGUGAUCCGGGCCCACAUCUUGGGCUACUUGGCACGAAAGCAAUACAGAAAGGUCCUGGACUGCGUGGUGAUCAUACAGAAGAACUACAGAGCAUUCCUUCUGAGGAGGAGAUUUCUGCACCUGAAGAAAGCCGCCGUGGUUUUCCAGAAGCGACUCCGAGGUCAGAUUGCUCGGAGAAUUUACAGACAGCUGCUGGCGGAGAAACGGGAGGAGGAAGAAAAGAGGAAACGAGAGGAAGAGGAGAGAGAAAGAGAGAGGGCACGAAGAGAGGCUGAGCUCCGCGCCCAACAGGAGGAAGCCGCCAGGAAGCAGCAAGAGCUGGAAGCCUUGCAGAAGAGUCAGCGGGAAGCGGAACUGCGCCGGGACCUGGAGAAGCAGAAGGAAAACAAGCAGGUGGAGGAGAUCCUCCGCCUGGAGAAGGAGAUCGAGGACCUGCAGCGCAUGAAGGAGCGGCAGGAGCUGUCCCUGACCGAGGCGUCGCUGCAGAAGCUGCAGCGGCUGCGGGACGAGGAGCUCAGGAGGCUGGAGGACGAGGCGUGCCGGGCGGCGCAGGAGUUCCUGGAGUCGCUCAACUUCGACGAGAUCGACGAGUGCGUCCGCAACAUCGAGCGCGCGCUGUCGGUGGGCAGCGGGGAGCGCGCGCUGUCGGUGGGCAGUGGGGAGCGCGCGCUGUCGGUGGGCAGCGGGGUGUCGGCGGAGCUCGAGGAGCCGGCGGAGGGCGCGGGCGCCGAGAAGCCCAGCUUCAACUUCAGCCAGCCCUACCCGGAGGAGGAGGUCGACGAGGGCUUCGAGGCCGACGACGACGCCUUCAAGGAUUCGCCCAACCCCAGCGAGCACGGCCACUCGGACCAGCGAACGAGCGGCAUCCGCACGAGCGACGAGUCGUCGGAGGAGGACCCCUACAUGAACGACACGGUGGUGCCCACGAGCCCCAGCGCGGACAGCACGGUGCUGCUGGCCCCGUCGGAGCACGGCUCGUCCCCCGGGGAGCCCACCUACUGCAUGCCCCAGGGCAGCGGCGGCGCCGGCGGCCUCCCCUCCCCGGACGGCGACUACGACUACGACCAGGACGACUACGAGGACGGCGCCAUCACCUCGGGCAGCAGCGUGACCUUCUCCAACUCGUACGGCAGCCAGUGGUCCCCGGACUACCGCUGCUCCGUGGGGACCUACAACAGCUCCGGGGCGUACCGCUUCAGCUCGGAAGGGGCGCAGUCCUCCUUUGAAGACAGCGAAGAGGACUUUGAUUCUAGGUUUGAUACAGACGAUGAACUUUCUUACCGGCGGGACUCCGUGUACAGCUGUGUCACCCUGCCUUACUUCCACAGCUUUCUCUACAUGAGAGGUGGCUUAAUGAACUCCUGGAAGCGCCGCUGGUGCGUCCUCAAGGAUGAGACCUUCCUGUGGUUCCGCUCCAAGCAGGAGGCCCUCAAGCAAGGCUGGCUGCACAAAAAAGGCGGCGGCUCCUCCACGCUGUCCCGGAGGAACUGGAAGAAGCGCUGGUUCGUCCUCCGCCAGUCCAAGCUCAUGUAUUUUGAAAACGACAGUGAGGACAAGCUCAAAGGCACCUUGGAAAUCCGGACGGCCAAAGAGAUCAUCGAUAACACCAGCAAGGAGAACGGGAUCGACAUCAUCAUGGCCGACAGGACCUUCCACCUGAUCGCCGAGUCCCCAGAAGAUGCCAGCCAGUGGUUCAGUGUGCUGAGUCAGGUCCACGCAUCCACCGACCAGGAGAUCCGGGAGAUGCACGACGAGCAGGCGAACCCGCAAAACGCCGUGGGCACUUUGGAUGUGGGGCUGAUUGAUUCCGUCUGCGCCUCUGACAGCCCCGAUCGACCCAAUUCGUUUGUGAUCAUCACGGCCAACCGGGUGCUCCACUGUAACGCGGAUACCCCAGAGGAGAUGCACCACUGGAUCACGCUGCUGCAGAGAUCCAAGGGGGACACCAGAGUGGAGGGCCAGGAGUUCAUUGUGAGAGGGUGGUUGCACAAAGAAGUAAAAAACAGUCCGAAGAUGUCUUCACUGAAACUCAAAAAACGGUGGUUUGUGCUCACCCACAAUUCCUUGGAUUACUACAAGAGCUCCGAGAAGAACGCUCUGAAAUUGGGCACGUUGGUCCUUAACAGCCUCUGCUCGGUGGUGCCUCCCGAUGAGAAGAUCUUCAAAGAGACAGGCUACUGGAACGUCACCGUGUACGGACGCAAGCACUGCUACCGGCUCUACACCAAGCUGCUCAACGAGGCCACCAGGUGGUCCAGCGCCAUCCAGAAUGUGACGGACACCAAGGCCCCGAUCGACACGCCCACCCAGCAACUGAUCCAGGACAUCAAGGAGAACUGCCUGAACUCCGACGUGGUGGAGCAGAUUUACAAGCGGAACCCCAUCCUCCGCCACACGCACCACCCCCUGCACUCGCCGCUGUUGCCCCUGCCCUACGGAGACAUCAACCUGAACCUGCUCAAAGACAAGGGCUACACCACCCUUCAGGACGAAGCCAUCAAGAUCUUCAAUUCCCUGCAGCAGCUGGAGUCCAUGUCUGACCCCAUCCCCAUAAUCCAGGGCAUCCUGCAGACGGGGCACGACCUGCGCCCGCUGCGGGACGAGCUCUACUGCCAGCUCAUCAAGCAGACCACCAAAGUGCCCCACCCGGGCAGCGUGGGCAACCUGUGCAGCUGGCAGAUCCUGACGUGUCUGAGCUGCACCUUCUUGCCCAGCCGGGGGAUCCUCAAGUACCUCCGCUUCCAUCUGAGGAGGAUACGGGAACAGUUUCCAGGAACCGAGAUGGAAAAAUACUCCCUCUUCAUUUAUGAAUCUCUCAAGAAAACCAAAUGCAGGGAGUUCGUGCCUUCACGGGAUGAAAUCGACGCCCUGAUCCAUAGGCAGGAAAUGACGUCCACGGUGUACUGCCACGGGGGAGGCUCCUGCAAGAUCACCAUCACCUCCCACACCACGGCCGGGGAGGUGGUGGAGAAGCUGAUCAGAGGCCUGGCCAUGGAGGACAGCAGGAACAUGUUUGCCUUGUUUGAGUACAACGGAAGCGUCGAUAAAGCCAUUGAAAGCCGAACCAUCGUCGCAGAUGUGUUAGCAAAGUUCGAGAAGCUGGCUGCCACAUCAGAGGUGGGGGACCUGCCCUGGAAAUUCUACUUCAAACUUUACUGCUUCCUGGACACAGACAACGUGCCGAAAGACAGUGUGGAAUUCGCAUUUAUGUUUGAACAGGCGCACGAAGCGGUUCUCCGUGGCCACUACCCAGCCCCCGAAGAGAACCUGCAGGUUCUCGCUGCCCUGCGGCUCCAGUACCUGCAGGGGGACUACUCACUGCACGCGUCCGUGCCCCCCCUCGAGGACGUCUACUCCCUGCAGAGGCUGAAGGCCCGCAUCAGCCAGUCCACCAGAAGCUUCACCCCGUGUGAGCGGCUGGAGAAGAGGCGGACGAGCUUCCUGGAGGGGACGCUGAGGCGCAGCUUCCGGACAGGGGCCGUCGUCCGGCAGAAGGUGGAGGAGGAACAGAUGCUGGACAUGUGGGUCAAGGAGGAGAUGUCCUCGGCGCGGGCCAGUAUCAUUGACAAAUGGAAGAAACUGCAGGGAAUGAGCCAGGAGCAGGCCAUGGCCAAGUACAUGGCCUUGAUCAAGGAGUGGCCAGGCUACGGGUCGACGCUCUUCGACGUGGAGUGCAAGGAAGGCGGCUUCCCCCAGGACCUGUGGUUGGGCGUCAGUGCUGAUGCCGUGUCGGUCUAUAAGCGCGGGGAGGGAAGACCGCUGGAAGUGUUCCAGUACGAGCACAUCCUCUCUUUCGGGGCGCCGCUGGCAAACACGUACAAAAUCGUGGUCGACGAGAGGGAGCUGCUCUUUGAAACCAGUGAGGUGGUGGACGUGGCCAAGCUCAUGAAGGCCUACAUCAGCAUGAUCGUGAAGAAGCGCUACAGCACGUCGCGCUCCGUGAGCAGCCAGGGAAGCUCCAGGUGAAGGCGCCAGGGACCCGACGUGUCUUGAGCAGCCGUGCGUGAGACCCUCUGGCCUUGACCGAGCCCGUGCCACGCAGAGCCCCGGCGGAGCUGCCCCCGCCUUCUGGAAGCCCCUGGCUGGAGGGAGGCGUCUCCGAGGGGCCGUCAGCCCUCUCCACUUCCGUGACCCUGUACUAAGCUGUCAACCGUAGCAGUGGGCCCCGUUUGGAAAGCUUUACUACUCUUAGAGGACACAUGCCUUAAAAAAGAGAGGAGACCCCCACCCCCACCCCGGCCCCUACCAAAGCAGCCAGAAGUGCCUUAACGCGUGGACCCAACACUAACUGACCUUAACUGUGCUACUGAAGGGAGCUGCCCCCGCCCCCUCGGGGAGACUCGCGGAGCUCGGGGGAGGGGGCGUUCAUUCAUCAAUUCUGCACUAACCUCCCAGCCUGAUUUCCCUACUUGGAGGGAAGGUGAGGGAGCCGGGAGGGGGUCGGAGGGAGCCCAAGGGGACAGGAUAUUGAUAUUUUAGCUGGAGUGCUGCUGGCAGCCUUCUUCGCGGACAUGGAUUAACUUCUUUGUUUCAUCUUUCAAGUGUCUGAGCUUGCCUGUGCAUGCCUGUGUUCAUAAACUUAUCACUUUAAUCACUGUCUCAUGAGCAUUAAAAGCAAAGGGAAAAAAGGAUGUGCAAUGGUGUAAACAGUCUGUCUGUAUAUUUUAAUAGUUUAGAGUUCUAGUCUUCAGUCGUUACUUUAUGAGGUGGUUUUAUUAACAGACCAGAAUCCUGGACUCUCCUGUCUUUGCUGUAUUUCAGAAACCAUGUGUUGACUCCGUUUCGUUUUAUGACUUGUAGCAAAGUCUGCUGUGUCUGCUGUGUUAUAAACAGAUAUGCAGCCCAUACAGAUAAUGGUUUUUAUAAAUCAGUCUGACUCCGAUGCUGUUUUUAGAACUAUAUGAAGGCAUUUUGGAGUCUUUAGUUUCUAAAAGAUUUAAGUUAAAAAGAAAUUUUCUUUGAGGGCGAGUUUGUAUCGCUGCAGGUAGUGACCGUAUGACCGUAUGACCACGUUGGGUGUGGCGGAAAGAAGUUUCAUUCCCCAGGGGUGUGAUGCGAGAGCAAAUCUUGAAAGGACCGUGACUGACGCUUUAAGAAAAUACACUUUAUCCCAGAUUAUAAUGGUAGUCCGACAAGGUGCCUGUAAAUAAAUCAGUGUUUAUGACCAGAAGAAAAAUAAUCUGGUCCUGGACUUUUAUUUUUAUAUGGAAAAGUUGUAAAGACUUAGGCCAACUAAGUCUGCCCACAAAGAAAAAAAAAAAAUGCCUUACCUCUCCAGGACAACCCUGCGAAAUUGUUUGUUGGCUCAAAGAAGGUCUGACAAUAAAAGAUAUUAGCUA